UAAAUAGCCGCGAGCUGCCGCUGCUUCCUCUAUGGCUGCUUCCUUCGGUAACGCGGCGCCUGACAUGCCAACCCGCUCCGAAAGCACCGACGGGUCCAGCUCCUCUGGUCGCAGUGGCUCCAACGACACGCUUCCCGCAGCAGACACGUGGGGCUCAUGGCAUGCAGCAGGAGAGUCUCACAAUCGCUGUCUCCAGUUUCGGGUGAACAACGCACAUGCCCGUGUGAGUUGCCUGCUUUGUGCCACUCCAAUGGGUAGCACCCGGUGGUUGGUUCCCUUUGUUGGACGCCGGCUGCCUCGAGAGCUGGCCAAGCGCCUCACACAGGCCUCUCAGCCAGAGCAGGUCCAGGCAGCACUGGGUUCGAGCUUGCAGGCUGUGCACGAUGCUUGGCUCCAGAGCCUGGAACCAACGCUGAGCCGGCGAGAUGAGCUCCUCCGAGCCCCGGACCAGGGUCCUGGUGAGGCCUCCCUGGCCGCCCUGGAGGCAGAGCUGUCGUCGGGAUGCUCCCUGGCACUUGCUGUCGUCAUGGGUGGCGAGCACCUGUACAUCGCCAACUUGGGGCGCACGCGAGUGCUGCUGUUGCGCGGAGGAGAAGAGGAGCCGCAGCUGCUAACAGUGGAGCACAGCAUGGACAAUGCAGAUGAGCUGGCCCGCCUGGCGCGGCUUGGACUGAACAUUGAUGCCCUACCCGAAGAUACCCUUCCCGUCACUCGUUGCCUCGGUGCACACCCACACCGGCGGCGCCCUGACGGGCCUGACCCAGUGUCAAACGAGCCAGAAAUGUGCGGCCCGCUGAGUGUGGAGCCAGGCUGCCGGCUUGUCUUCCUUUCGGAUGGCCUCUGCACAGCCCUUAACUGCUCGGGACUUGCAAACCAAGAGGCGAACCAACUGGUUGCAAAGUUGGCAUCGCAGCCCGGAAGCGCCCGACAGGCGCUGUCUCAACUGCUCGACCAUUGCAAGCUGCCAGCUGGCUGGCCUCAUGAGCUCACACUCAUGGUGGUGUCGCUGUGCGAGGAGGAGGCCCCGCUGCCUGCACCUCCAGUGACAGACGGUCGUGUGGACCCUUACGUCGACUUCAUGCCCCUCAUUAGUGCCUUGGAAGCAGCACGCUGACACAGGUGUCGCAUCGGUUACAGCACUGCAAAGGUCCAAUCAGCCGAGACAUUGUUCACUGGCAUGGCGGUUGCUCCAAGUGGACGUGAUCUACCCAAGUGGACAUGCGCUUGGGUAGCUGUAGUUGCAAUCAUAUGAAGCCAACAGAAAAUGAAGACAAGGAAAGCAUAGGGGAAAUUAGCCAUUACUUUUUUAACGUAGAGUGAAUUGCGAAUGAUGGUGAAAUUUGUGAUAAACUUCAUAUUCUUAAUAAAGGAACAGAGAGAUAAAAGUGAGAGAAAUGACAACUUGCCGCUGGUGCGAGCAUGCGUUAGCAUUGAGCUACAGUGGCAGCCAUCCUCCUGUUCAGGCAUUUGUGUAUGCACGGUAGGCCUAGCUCCUGGCGUGUUAGCCAUUGCCACUCACAGCCACGGUGGCAGAUAUGGGGCAUCGUUUCAACCACAAGUGUUGCAUAGUAUGUGAACAUGGCAUGAAUUGAGCUAAAGGCCAAUAAACCCUCGUAUGCUGC